GUAUAACUUUCGUAACUAAGACUACAUGAUGUGGUGCCAAUCAUGUCGAAGCCGACAACGAGCAAAAGCUUGACUCAUGAUUACCCCUACGCCUACUUUACCACUUCUUAUAUAUUCAUUUUCUUAUCUCUGCUCCCAAUUCGGAAUGAAGACUUCUUCCCAUAAUUUUCAAGGAGCAACACAAUGACAUCGCAAAGCAAGUCGUGAGCUCACUGAGCUCAACAAGAGGACUUCUAAGGCGUGUUGAUCCUCUGCAAGGCACGACGAUUGCGAUUCAUAUUUUCCGCAGUUGCAGAGUCUUCAUCAGUUCUGGCUACCACAGGAGUUGCUGCAGAUGCUUAAAUUCUGGCCAUCGCCGUUCAACAAAGGCGCGAUAGGUGUAGGAAAUUGCGUUCAACGAUAAGAACCUCCUGUCAAUGAUCAGAACUGCCUUCGGCGACUGUUCCACUACGUCCUCCGACAAGCAGGACUACUAGUAGAAGCAAUUCUUGGUCCUCCUGCGCGAUAAAGUAGAAUAUCGUACUCAAGAACGAAAAAUAUUCCUAGAACAAUCACGACAUGGAACAACGAAAUAAAUUGGUAGUAAAGUAGUCGUGAACAACAUAAAGCCAGCGUGAGAGCAUCAACACAAAGCCAACUUCUGCUGCGUGAACAACAUAAAGCCAACUUCUGCUGCGUGAGAGCACGAGGACGGAGAUGUUCGCAUCGCUGACUGCCACGUACAAUGGGGCUGUCGACGCAAUCAUACGGCCACCAAGGGAUACCUAUACGCUUGACGACCUUGGUCCUAAGAGGUUUAGAACAGGACAGAGAGUGUGGCAUAGAAAGGUACUUAGAGUUCUUGUGUUGACAGUACUACUACUAUGUUGUACAGGUUGUUGUAGGUAUUCGAAUUCGAGGAGUAUUACUUCGAAGGAUGCCAAUGAAUCAAAUUGCUCUUUGUUACUUAUAAAUAUAUGACUCACAAUGUGAGCAUCCGUUAUGAUUCUCCUCGCCAACUACAUAUGGAUAAACAAUACAACUUUUCCGCAUGCAGUCAUCUUUUUCAAGUUGUGGUCUGCAUCUGCUUCUACUCCUCCCUUGUAGUUCUUGUCCUCUUCCUCAAGUCAGAAGUUAUAAAUAUGAAUAUCUCGUCCCUAAAAACAUCAUCUCCAGGACCUCGAAUUAGUAAACGCGCGUGGGCAUAGGCUUCAAUGCUCGCACUUUUUGCCUGCGCAGAUAGACCCGGAUAGUAAAUGGCCUUGUGUCAUCUACCUCCAUGGAAACUCAAGUAGCCGGGUGGAGGCGAUGACUGCAUUGGAGGUGAGUACUUAUUGUUACUUGGUUUUCACUCGUCUGCUCGGAUUUGGUAGUUCUCUUUCUUCUGUCAGUAAAUAUGAUUAAAGUGCUGGGUGCUAACUGUAACUCUGGGCUGCAGGUAAAAUUGAAUCGUUGCACAUCGAUUUCCAUUUUAUCAUUAUCUGGAGUCCUCUUCAUCGUGGUACAACUUUUUGCCCACAGCUUUCUCGUGUAUUUCUGCCGCUUAAUGAAUACAAACCAGGUCGUCCUGCCUCUUCCCUGUACACUGUUUUGUUUCGACUUUUCUGGUAGUGGCUUAUCAGACGGUGACUAUGUCAGUCUUGGCUUCUACGAAAAAGACGAUCUACAGACGGUGACUCAGUAUCUGCGAACAACGGGAUACAUCGGAUCAAUAGGUUUGUGGGGACGCAGCAUGGGCGCAGUCACAGCACUACUACACGCUGAUAGAGACCACAGUUUGGCAUGCUUGGUAAUAUAACCUAGUCUGUCAGCAUCUUCGUGCCCCGACGUAGCAUGAGCCACCCGGCGUUAAAGAUGCCCAGAAUCCCUCAGCGCAAAAACCCUCGCGCAAACCCGGCGCCCUCGGUUUGCAAGGGCGCGGCCCGUGGGCAGAGCCGCUCCGCGCCCUUGACUCUUCUCGAGAGGGACGCGCGCGCCGAGCAGAAGGCGGGGAAACACUCGAAAAGGAACAGGCCCCCGCCCGAGGUACAUCCCCGCCGCGCAGGGGUUCGCGGCCCAACUUGGUCGCCGAGGCUUAGCAAAACAAAUCCAUCGCCGCAAAGGUGCAGCGGGCACCCCCAGGGGCCACAGCGUGCUGGCUUCAGUUCGGGCGCUGCCACUUCGUGGCCGGCGCCUCCCAUCAGUUCGCCUAACGUUUGCAGCCCACUUUCGGAGAAGAGUGAGAGCUGGCGAACGCAGGGAAACAGGCAGAACCGCCAAGGCAGAGCAGAGCAGCCCCACCGGGUGAGGCUCUGAAACGGUUGGGCGCGUAAGUGCGUAGAGAAUGGCAGUGAGCGUUGUCUCAUUAGCGAAAAAGUGAAAGCGUGGGGGACGAAAUUAGCCGGAGCCAGCAAGACGAAGCCGCGGCGCCGUGUCUUUGUUCUUCGUAUGAUAAUUUCUUGGGUGGCUUGGUCUUCCCGCGGCACAGUCUUCUGACCUGGCCCCUUUGUCUACUUAGUGCAUGUGCCGGCGGCCUCGUGCUUGUGGCCUUGUGUGUUUGUUUUGACUGGCUGGAUUUUGUUACCUUGGCGGGGAGCCUCGGCUUGUUUAUCGUAGUCCAUGCGUUGCGUAUGAUAUUUCUUUGCCUCUUUAUCUAUCGUCAGGUCUUAGACUCUCCCUUUACGAGACUGCGCACGCUUUGCCAGGAGUUAGUGGAAAACGGGGAAUAUCUUGGUUUAAAAGCCGGAACGCUCACCUCACUUGUAUGAAGGGCUGAGAAUAUUCUACUUAGCGUUAGCUCGCUCUUCACAUCGUGUUGCUGCCAUUUAGACACCGGUUACGCCAUGAAAAUGCGUGGUCUCGAUCGCUCUUGUUCCCCCAAACAAAGCUCAAGAAUUCCUCCCCGCUACUCCUAACUCCGUUCAUUUCUCAUCGUCGACGGCGUUUUGCAUUUCCUUCGUGGCACGGUCAAGGAAAAAGCCGGCUUCGAGAUAGACGAUUUGAAGCCAAUAGAAAACGUGAGCAGAUCCUAUGUCCCAGCUUAUUUCAUCGCUGGCGCUGAUGACAACUUCAUACCACCGCACCAUUCCAGAGACCUUUGGGAAGCGUAUGCUGGCGAGGACAAGCUCUAUGAUUGCGUGGAGGGUGCAGACCACAAUAGCCAGAGACCGAGAAGCUACAUGAGGAAGAUCUCAGACUUCCUAGCUGCAGCACUGCAAUCAGAAAACGGGGCUCUAGUAAGGAAAGCGAAUGGAAUAACAGAUCAGAAUAGUUCACCAUCGAGAAGAUCAGAACGACUAGCGAGUACUGUAAAUACAGCUACUGGUAGUGCAAGUGCCAAUGGCGGAACAAAAGCAUCUUCAGGGGGUCUUCUUCUAGCAGGUGCCGAAAAUAAGGACCAUGAAGGCGAAUCAAUACCACCAAACUAUCGAGUGGUAGAGAGCAGAAGUAGGCCUGGUACUACUUAAGUAGAGAGGGUGUCUUGAGUUAAGUGUCUUCACUUCCUUCUCGAUGAAUUGAAUUUGAUGAGUACUGUAAAAAAUGUAACAUGAUCAGCAACUCCUACACAACUUACACAAUGAUCAUCUUCAACUUUAUCUUCACACUUGUGCUUUACAGGCACCCUCGUCUACGAAGACCUUGAGUCGCGUCGUCGCUAUGGCAGUCGACAACAAGCGUGGCGCGCGCACAUGCUCAAGGACGUUUCAGCCACAUCUUCCGCAGUCUCCUCCACAUCUCCAGAACGAGGAGAGGCUGCCUACAUCAAGAGUCUUCUUUCCCCAGACGAGCAAAGGAAAACCAUCAUAAAUCGAGCAACUGGUGGCGAGAGGAGACCUAGCAUAGGAGCGGGAGAAGAUCCCGAUGACAUCAAUGUUAGUGCUUCUAUGCCGAAGAGUCGGACGUCAUAUCCGAAGCCGUUAGCGCAGCCAACGCCUGGUGGCAACGGUGGCGCAGCCUCUGCGGGACCGCCUGGUAGUGGAAGUGAACCAGGAUCAACCAACUACUCUGGAGGUACCCCAAGUGGAGGUGCAUCAACAAGAAACAGUGCGAUACAAAGGCCUCCACCUACCUUCUCUGAGAACCAUUCCGCGCCUAGGAGUACGCUGGUGCUGACUGAUAGUACUAGAAGUGGAGGUCAACAAGAAAAUACAACUAGAACUACAUCUUCUCCCUCAGACACAAACAGUAACAGACCCACGAAUUUUUCCCCUAGUAAGCGGCCAUCUGUCUCUUCAGACACUCGAAUGUCAGCAGAAAAUUUGAAUCGAUUAGCUGAAGUAGCAACUUCUCAAACAGACUCAGCAGGUAGAAAGAUGCAAACCACGGUGAAUGAAGCUGGGAGUGGGAAUCUUAUGGAGGAUUUUUGAACCGCGUUGUUCAUCUUUAUUCAGAAGAUCUUUCAGAUUGAUAUACAUACUCAUACCGUACAGCUACUAGUGUUAUACUAUUAAAAACUUCUAGUCAACAGUCAACACUGACUGUCUGCUCGAUUUUUUGAUUUUCUGCCAACACCACAUGGCUAGUACUACGUACAAGCACUUCUCUUCUAAGUAUGGCUAGUACGUAGUACGUACAAGCACUUCUCUUCUCUUCUAAAGAGUACGCAUCCCUCUAACACCAGACCGCACCCUGCCAAGAGAAAAGAAGAGGAGCCACAGCCACUUGGAACUCGAGGUGUAGUAAAGUACGGUAUAGGUUCUGUAACUAUGGCGAAACCAGAAGCGGAUGAGGAUGGGGACGACAACAAGCUGUAUUGCCAUGGGAACUUAAAUUGUAUUAAAGAGGAUCUCGAUCAUCUGUGAGUCAGUGAUGUAAUAAAAAGUUGUACUAAGUACUUCUCUCAUCUCUUACUAUGUUGACCUUAAGAAAUUUGUAUCAAAGAGGAUCUGUCAUCUGUGAGUGUAUUUAUUAAGAGUACUUUUCAUCUCUCUUGCUCUACUACCCCUACCUCCCUGUCCCUAUGGCCGUUUUUUCUGACUUGGAAGCUAAUUCUGAUACAACUCCUCCACGAGGAUGAUAUAGAAGAUGCACCACACCUUCCCAACCCUAAACCCAAACCCUUCCACCCAAAUGCUCCACGAAAUACUACUUACACGUUCCACUUUCAUACCCGAAAUGAAGCGAUUGAAGCCGUUUACAAUCCUGCUAGUGUGUCAUUGACUGAUAGUUCGGGAUCCGAGGGGGUGCCAGAUAUACAGACCUUCGCACCACAACAAGAUGAUGGGCAGCCACGCUGGAAUCUAUCGCAGUUGUUGUUACGGCAGGUCCUCGAAGUGGUAGAUGAUUCAAGCAGGAGAGGUACAACUACAGUUUUCCUUGCCAAGUCUUUCUUCUUCAUCGGAAACUGACAGCAGGAAGUGGAAGAUGACAAUGUUGACACUUUCAUCUUUCUUAUCUGACAGGAGUACAUGUAAGACUAUGUGAGACUCAUGCUAUGCUGUGACAGGAGGGCCCUCUUCUAAUUCUCGAAUUAGGAUUCCCGCUAGUGCUCUGCCAUCAAGCUGAAGUGGAGGGUUUUAGAACCCUAGAGGAAGCUGUAGGGUUCUGUGUCGACCGUGGCAAUGACAUCCAGGAGGGAUGAGGAAAGUUGCUAGAAGUACUUCGUGUAUUAGGAAUGUAUGAUGCUUAGCUUAGAGUACUCGAAAAUUGAAAAUACGCGAGUACUUAUUAAGUAAGUUAAACUUAAUAACCGAGUAUCUGAGAUGAUUCCCUAGCUGCAAACUCGGUUACUUCAGUUUAUCGAAUGCAAGAACAUGCUAUAUUUAUUACUUGUACAAGUUGGGCGGCUAGUUGUUGGUACCGUUCAUGAAGAUAGUUGUGAUGCAAAAAAGCUUAGCUGCUGUGUUGAUUAAAGCCCUUGGACUUCUGUCGAUAUUGUACACCUCGCAUGUAGAUGUAGAUGCAUUAGAGUGAAGUUCAUUAGAGUCCGUUCUCAUUUUUCCAUAACAAGUUUGAGCGUGUGAGUCGAUGAGUUUUGAUAAGUGAAUACCAGUCGAUGUCACCCAGCAUAGUUGUUAGCAGAGUCCUCAGCCUGUUGCAAUUGUUAGCAGAUGUUGCAAUUGUUAGCAGAGUCUUCAGAGUCAGUUAAUAUAGAAAGAAAAUAAGAUGAUUUUAGUCAGAGCCCGAUAAGGCAAAGCCAUCCAGACAAAUUCUACUCUCGACGAUGAAGAUCAAGAUAUCGGAUAUAAUUAAGAGUUCAUCAUAUCACGACCGCCACGUUUGUUUAUUUAUGGUUUGGUUUUUGUUGAUACAUAUUUAUUGAUACUUUUUCAGUUAAUGCUGCCUGAAGAUACUUGUUACUUCCUAAACUCUUGUUACUUCCUAGGUCCUAAGCGUCCUCAACCUUCCCUGCGCAUUUCUAAAACGUUACGUCCACCUCCCAUAACCAACAUGACCGUGCACGACAUACAACAGGUUAUAAUACUUAGAAUAUUUUUAUAGAAGAUUCGCUUUCGUCCCCUGCCGUUCUGUUGAAAAACAAGAACUAACUCCACGUGCUUUCACAAGCACAUCGAAGAAAGUAGAAAGACACACGAUUGUUAGGCUGGUGUGGUCAUUACAUCCUGUCUUGGAUGGCUUGCUGGUUC